AGCUAGGGUAUAAAUACAGGAGAUUUUCCUCAUAUCGGCACACCUUGUCACCACUGCGGCUAACCGGAACGUCUCUCUGCGCCUCGCCUUGCACCAUCAAACAUCCAGUCAUGAAGUAUUUCGUUGUUAUCUUGGUCGUUCUCGUCGGGGCAGUUGUCGCCAAACCGAAGACGACCACUUCCGAUGACCUGAAACAACAGAACAAGGACAUCUCGUCCAAGGAGUACCUUAAACGGGUCUUCCAGCACUCUGUGGUCUCUUACGUCGGAAGUGACGCCCAGGACAUUGUCGAGAAGCUACAAGAUCUUGGGCUUCAUGAGGCAGCAACCAUCGCCAAGCAGGUAGAUCUGAAGCAGAUCCUUCGAGACAGUGACCUUCCAUCCGUCACGUUGUGCAUGCCCAAUGACAAGGCUGUCCAGAAGUGGAGGCAGGAGCUCCCCAGAAGACAGAUGCCAGAGAGAGAGAUCUUGAAGAAUCUGGUCAAGGCUUGGAUCGUUCCAAAAAGGGUCAUGUCAUCCGAGAUCACAAAUAACCAGAAGAUGGAGAGCUUGAAUGGCGCCAAACUAAGAUUCAACAUCUACAGUGAUGUCGAAAGGGUAAAGGUCGCCACUGUCAAUGGUGCUCGAAUCACUGACGCCAUUACGACAUCCGUCAAUGAAAUCAUCCAGAUCGUCGACAAGGUCAUCUAUCCACUUCCGAUUGGUAGUGUCAUAGAGACUUUGGUCGAUAGCAAAGCUUUCUCCGUCAUCGUCGAUCUCGUGAGCCAGGCCGGACUCAAGGAAGAACUUGAAUCUGAUCCAAUAACGGUUAUUGUACCAACCAACGACGCCUUCCAAGCUCUCCCAUCCGGUGUCCUAGACGACCUCAAACGCGACAACGACAAACUUCGUAACCUGCUCAGAUACCAUGUGAUCUCUGAGGUCAGAUAUUCUGUCUCCUUGACGUCUGGACAGCGCAUCCGUGCUUCACAGGGAGAUGAAAUUUCAGUCACCCGCAAUAAUGAAGACCAAAUUGUCCUGAAUGAGCAGAGUGAGCAGUCGGAAGCUCCACGAGUGAUCUUACGGGAUAUUCCUACCACCAACGGAGUCAUCCAAGUAGUCGACCGUGUCGUUCUCCCGCCUCAAAGACACUUCGUUCUAGUUUAACCCAAUCAGACUGAUCAGCCCUGCAAUGAUCGUUGUCCACAUGGGUUUAAAUUUUAUUUUCAAAGUAAUUGUUUAAUAAUUCUGUGUAAUUACAGAAAUAAAACUACCCCUUUCUAUAUUGCAAAAACUUGGUUUUUCUGGCCCUUUUUCCCCCGAUAUGUUUAUGCAGUGAAGUUUGCUACUGUGUCGAGAAAAAGGAUACAAAGCUUUUUUCGAUUUUCUUCACCUGUGAGUGUCAGAAAUACAUUAAAAAACGUUGAAGAAAAUCGAUGGGCGAGUAGAAGAAUGAAUGAGAGUUCCAUCCGUUUGAUAUAAUUCCCGGGGGGGGGGGCACUUCCAUUGACACCAUGCGCGACCAUGGGUUCUCAAUAAGCACCCUAAACAAAUAUUUUCCAUAUUCUGAAAAUGCAGCCCUUUACAAGUAUUGGAAACAAAACGAUACCCUUGGCAAGUAUUCCCUAAACUGACCCCUAAACAAGUACAGUGAAAUUAUUUUUUUGUUAUAUUACGGACGUCGAUCGGUCGUCGUUUUUACCUUUACCUAUAUCAUUGGGUUUAUUACGGCCUCACCUCGCGCAAAUCGGACUCUAAACACGUAGUGUUGGGGCAAAAAGUACAUCCUUUAUAAAUCUUUUAGUCUUAAUUUUAUACCCCCGCAAAUUUGACCCUAGAUUAGGUUAUUGAAUUUUAAAGUUUAGCAAUAUUGUGUGAAAACAGUCGUCAUGAAUAUUAUUAGGUAAGCUGAUGUCACAUCCCCACUUGCUCUUUUGUAUUUUAUUAUAUGAAAUAGGUUUAUUAAUUGUUUUCCUCCAAGAACUAGAAAAAUUGGAUUGACAACUGAUUUAGUGCAUUAGAUAUUUAUUGCAACUUAUUUCAUUAUAAGGGAAACAUAUCAUUCACACAAGUAUGAAAUAUUGAAAACAAAUAUUUUAUGUAAUAACGUCAGAAAACGGAAAGUGGGGAUGUGACAUAUCAGCCCACCUAUAAUAUUCACGACGACUGUUUUCACAAAAUAUUGCUUAUAACUUUAAACUUCAAAAAAAUGUGAUCCGAUUGAAAUUUUCGGCAUUUUGCUCGGUGAAUUCUCUAUGUAUUAAGAAUUUAAGAUAUAAAUAUUUUCAGCCCGGACCAUCCCUUUUAAAAUGUCUCGUAUUUUAUUCAGGAGCGGAUCGAUGAGGGGCACAAAGAGAGCCAAGUGAAUUUUCUUGGAUUUAGUUAUAUUUGUAUAUCAGAGUGUGUGUAUUCCUAUAAUUGCGCCCCGCUUGGAUCCGCCACUGUUUAAUUAUACUUCGAAAACGUGGUCAAGAUA